AGAGUAUGUCAAGAAAAGUUAGGCGGUUUUAAAGAGAUGGAACAGGAGAAGGAGAGACUUCAACAGGAGGUGGAAUCAUUGAAGGAAACCGUCGCCAAGUACGAAUUGGGUAGCCGAAAAUCUGAGCUACCAAAGGCAGAAAAACCGGAUGAGUACGAUGAACGUUUAAAGCAACUCGUAGACGAGAUUUCCAGGCUGAAAACCGAUCUCGAGACGUCAUCACGUAAAGUGAGUUUCCAAUCGGAGGAAAUUAAAAACCUGACUGCUACGACAAUUCAACAGAACAGCAAAUUGAAGAAAAUGUCUAUAGAAAACGAUGAGCUCAUAAUAAAGUUGGCAACUUCACGAGACAUUGAAUCUAAACUGAUGAAAGAGAUAACCAAUUUAACGGAUGACUUCAACAGGAAGCAGAAAAUCUUGGAAGAAAGAGAUGCGAUUUUGAAUUCUACACGGCAGGCCAAAAGGGUUGCCGAUAAGAAAGUCGAGGAUAUCCUGCAGAAAUCAAAACUAGAACUUCAACUAGCCUAUCAGAAAAAUCUGGACUUGACCAGUAUGAAUGCUCAUUUACAAAUUGAGUCAAAAGAAUUGAAAAGGAAAAGGGAAGUGAUGAAGGCUGAAUUUCGACGCGUUACCAAGGAAAAAGACGCGGCUUUCGUGUUCGUGGAAAAAGUCAACAAGUUAGCAGAAGAAUCCGCACAAUUAGCCGACGAACGAAAAAUUGCAAACGGUCUACUUCAGACGAAUGUAACUCAACUAAAAACAGAGUUAACUACAUCCAAGUCUCAAAUCAACGAGUUCAAAAAAGAGAUAUCCGUUCUGCUCUACAAUGCCUCAACGUGGGGGGCCACCGAAUCUGAACUAAAAAUUGAAAUCAUCGAUUUGAAAGAAGCGAUGCAAACUCAAAAUGAGUCAAUCCUAACAAAAAUGAAGGAGAUGGAACGUCUGAAGGCGGAAAAUGCAAACUUGCAAUCGGUUAAAGAGAGUCUCGCCAAAAAGUCGGUCGAAAAUGACGAAUAUGUUACCCGUUAUUGUGACCUGCUAAGCGAAAAAUCUUUGCUGGAGGUAACUAACGACAACCUGAUGAAGGAAUUUGAAGAUUCCCGAAAAGAACUAGAACGAAUAAAACGAGAGAAUCAAGAACUUUGGGAGACCCGAGAGGCUGUUUUGCAAUCAGCGCAAAAAUCGGAAAAGCUAGCUAAAGAGCAAGUAGAGGCUCUAUCGGAUGCUCUGGAUGCACUACAAGAAGCCACUGAACAAACCAAAGACGCAGCUAAAGCGAGAAAAGCAGAACGAGAAUCGAUGAACUCUGGCGCGACUAAAACCAAAGCAGACCAAAAAAAAGGUACUACUUGGAUUAAAGAACUGUUUGCCAAGACCUAUCGAAAGUCACAGUACGAAGAUGAGUACGCAAAUUUGCUGGAAACAACAGGGCUCCAAAUGGUGGAAAGAGCCAAAAAACUGCAAGACCAAGCAAAUAAUAUCAAAUCAAAAGGCAAAGCCCUGAGAAAGAAAGCUAAAUCCGGCUAAAUUCCUUCAAAAAUGAGCUUUCAUAUUUGUUUUUGUUUCCAUCUGCCUACCUUCCUGCCGGAAUCCGGAAAUGAUCAGCCCCCCCCCCCCCUCCGUUGAGCUGGCUUAGUUAGUGAAAGCUGCCACUAGAUGGCAGCACAAUGAUUCGGGACUGGAACUUUUUCAUGAUUCAUGAUUUCAAAUCGACGAUAAAAUCAUUAUGAUUAACUUGAACUUGAUAGCAUUUUCGUUAAAUUCCGCUGACGUCAUUUAUGAUAAAAAGUUUGAGGUAAUUAUAUAGAACAUUUAAAUAUUGAACAAAUCGUUAGUCAGAGUCAAUAUUGAGUCCAUCGUUAGUCAAAGGUUACAUAAGGAAGAGUCAAAAAGCUAUAACUGACUAGAGAAGAGUAUAGUGUAAAUACUAUAACGCUAU